GUGUGUACUUUUUGUUGACAGCCGGAUUAGAUUAGGACUGAAUUGUUUGUUAUUCGCAUUGAGAGGAGAGCCAGCUGAGAAUGGCCAACAGCAAGGAGUUGUGCUCCAUACGGGAGUGGGCGCCGCUAACUGAUGUCAUCGAUCGCAUUCCGGCACGACUGCAGCGUGGAAUCUUUCCGGCCAAUCUCAACUUAACUUGCGUCGAUGGAACAAACGAAUUCCUGGCCGUGGGUAGCGAUGCGGGCAUUGUAUUCUGGUACAAUCGCCAAACGGGCGAGAUGCAGAAGCUCAAGUCGGAGGUUGCCACACGCAUUUCGUGCGUGAAGAUAGUCAACUCCGUGGAGUACAUGGUGGCAGCAGGAUGCGCCAAUGGGCAAGUCAGCAUAUUCCAGAUACAAAAGGAACUGCCCCAGGACUUGGAUCUGGUGGCGCCCUGUACGCGCAGUAAACCCAUCGAACGCUACACCAUCCGCGACCUGCACCGGUGUGUGGUCAGCUGCUGCGAGUGGUCGAAGAAUGGCAUGAAACUUUUCUCCGGCGACCGUCAAGGUGUUGUGGUGCUGACGGAAUUCGACUAUCAAACGCACCAAAGCAAAUCCGUGGAGAUCCUGAGCGAAGCUUAUGAAAUUGUCCAGCUAAGCGUGCACCAGAGCCACCUGCUAGUGGCCACACUCUACCGCUGUAUUGUGUGCCAGCGCGACGUACAAACCGCACAGUGGCACAUCACCCAGGUGGGCAAGAAGGAUCGCAAGCAGCUCAUCGACUGCGGCGGCGUGUUCUUUAAAAAGUUGUCGAGCAGCCAGCCACAACUCAUUUGCGGGCGCCCUGGUAUGCGCUUCUGGAUGGCUGACGCCUUCGGAAAUGUGUCCAAGACCAUUCUGUUUAAGGAUGCUGUGCUGCGCAGUCCCACAUGGGAGAUCCCCAUACUAAACCCGAAACCGCGCAGUGACCCAUACACAAGGCCACAACUUGCCGAGCCUGGUGAAGAAGACGGCGAAGUGCCCUACGUGGCUAGCAGCAAUUUCCGUCAGUUGUAUCUGUACGAUGGCCAGGACUCCUUGCUGGUGACCCACGACGAUACAACUUUGUAUAUACUGAACAUGGACCGCCUCAAGGUGGAGGCUGUGGCGCGUGGGUUCCGCAAGAUUCUCGACUUUUGUGUUUACGGCAAGGAGAUCUUUGUUCUGGAAGGCGAGCGCUCCCUGCUGCGACUGGCUCCACUGCCGGAGCCGCCAAACAAGACGGCGAAAGUAAUAUUUAAUCCGUUGAUGCCGCCGCCAGUUCCAGUCCUGGGCGCCUCGCACUACUCCCAGCUGGAGUCACCGCUGGAGCUACAAGCGGAGCCCCUGCACAGUGCCGAGGAAUGCUUUGAGCUGCCGCCUGUCGAGAAACUCGAUCUGAAUGUUCCCAUUGAGCUGGCCGUGGAGUCGCCGUUGGCUCAGCAGAAUCGUCGCCUGGAUAUCUUUCGUCGCAUUGGCGAAAUGGACUUCGACCAGUCCAUAGUUCACACCACAGGCACGACCUCCACUAGGAAACGCAAGCCAUCCGUUGGCAAGCAGAACAGUGGCUUGGGCGUCGUUGAAAUCGGUCACGAGACGCACGAGUUGAAGCUGCCACUCACAAGUGCUGCCACUAUAAUGGAGGCCAGCUACUGUCAGAUGGAGAACAAUGGCCUGGCUUCGCCUUUGGAUUUGAAGAGCGCCUUUAUGGAACAUCUGCCCGACGCCCUGAGCCCGACCACGCUCCAGAAGACCGUGGCGGCAAAGGCCAAGUCUCUGGCUGCCGAGCUGGACCUGCCCGAGGUGCACCUGGCCCCACUCACCCAAGAGGAGCUGCGUGCCGCCCAUGCCCAGACGACGCACUUGACAGAGUCUUUAAUCAGCUGCUACCCCACCCGACUAGAGGAGGCCAGUAUGCAGACAGUUCCACCAGGAAUACAACCCAUCGACGAUUACAAUGCGGGCCAGCCGAUAGACGGGAUUCGUGCGUCUGCUUCGCUGAAGCCCAAAGUGGCACCUCUGAAGUUUGUCAAGAGCAAGCCGAAAGCAACACUGACCCUGCAGGAUGAUCCGGACGAGGAGGAGUACACGAGCUUUCUACCCGACUUUCGGCGGGCUGGAGACCCGCUGAGAAAGGAAACCCCAGCAACAAGCGAUUCCAACACGUCGAGCGAGUGGGAGUUUCUGGACAAUUAGUUGCAGUAUUACCCAUAAGUGAUGAUUGUAUCAUUUGCACUUGCUUUCAUAUUGAUUUUGAGCACACUACACACUUUUCUGUGGCCCCACUCAAAGAAAUUGUUGUGCGUAUUAGAGUGUGAUUAUCGUGAUUUAUUCAUACUUAUUAGUCGAAUUAACACAAGUGUACAUAACUUUAGCAUAAGUAAUCCCACUAUUCAAAAUUAUAGCCUUUCCGAUAUGUAGGCAAUACUUACAUGAGCACUGUGAACUUAUCCUAAUUUUAGGAUAUUUAUAUUAUCCCCUAUGUUGCCCAACUCACUCACACAUUCGAAUGCUUUAGGUAUUUUAAACAUACAAAUGUAUAUCUACAUGGAUCGCUUUGUAACACACAAAAUACAACUAUUUUAUA